GUCGACAGUGGAAAGGUAACCAAGAUGGACCCCACCCCACUAUCUGACAUCAUGGCGUGGGAAGCAAUGCAGAUGAGUGUCUACCUGCCGCUCACAUGCAUCUCCAUGAUCGCGGCAUGCAUCACAAUCUUCACUGCGUUCGACACGAAGGACAUCCGACGAUCGGCCGUGCAGUACAGCACCUAUUCCGUGUUCUGCUGUGACUUUGUCUGGGCGUUCCUUCGAUGUGUCCUGUACAUUCUCGGCAUGAUCGAGGGUGUGCUGCCCACGGCGAACAAAGGCGACCGCAACGUGACCAACCUUGACGAGCCCAUCAUCGCAUACCAAGCGAUCCUGACCGCCGCCGGCGACCUCUUCAUCGUCGCCGGUGCCAUUUGGAUCGUCCUCACGGCGUAUGAGAUGCAGCGAGUCGUGACCCACACGAUCACGCGGCUGGAAGAUCGAGAGCGCCAUACCGUCCUCUUCUACAACAUCGUCGUGUACGCGCCGCUGUCCGUGUUGUUGCUGCUUUUUGCGCUCGGUCCUGUAUCCAAAAAGGACGAAGACCUCACGAGCUCGUGUCUCCGCGCAAGCUUGUACUUGGUUGUGUGGGCGCUAUUCCUCGCCGUGCUGUACCUUCCGUUCGCCAUGUACAAGAUCUACUGCGUCCGUCAGAACCGAUCUGGGUUCUUCGACCACACGCUGGAGCACAUCUACCGCCGCGUACGCGUCCUCCUCAUCGUGUACAGCGUCACGACGAUCCCCACCUCCAUCGUCAGUCUCGGCAGCGAAGUCGCGCAACUGACGCGGAACAACUCGAACUUUCUUGGGCCGCACACAAGCACUUUCUUCUUUGCGACCAACUGCCUGUUCUACCUCACUGGCCUCUUCAACGCGGUUAGCAUUGGUGGCAGCGUCCUCUGCUGCAUCCGCUGCCUUCGACCGGUCAUGCCCAAGGAACUGCAUGAAGGUCUCAUGCACGGCGGCAUGCUGCGACCCUCGGAUGCCAUGCUCUCGUCCGAGAACUUGAUGUCGCCCCCUCUCCACAUGCCGGUGUUUGUGUGCACUGACAUUGAAAGCUCCACGUUGCUCUGGUCUCGCAUACCAAACGCUAUGACCAAGGCCCAGUCCUUGCACGACGACUGCAUGCGCCAACACUUGGCCUCGUUCAACGGGUACGAGAUCACCACCGCGGGCGAUGCGUUUCAGCUGGUAUUCCACACGGUCACGGACGCCAUCUCGUACUGCGUUACGGUGCAACUCAAGCUGCUCGACAUGCCGUGGCCGAAAGAAUUGGACGACUUUCGUGCGGCCAAGACCAUGACUGACAUGUUUGGGCGCCCGUUUUUCCGGGGGCUUCGCGUGCGCAUGGCGAUUCAUUUGGGGGGAGGGGGCUUGAUCCACCAGGUUCACCCCACGACGGGCAAAUUGACGUACGCGGGGCUGGAUGAGCUGGUGGCGCGGGAGGUGGGGGACAGCGGCCUGGGGGGGCAGGUGCUGAUUUCAGCCGUCACCAAGCACCGGUACUUGGAAGAGAUCCAGGGCUGGACAAAGCCCAAAAAGGGCGGCCGACCCGUCGUCGUCCAGUUCAAAGACUUUUUCUUCCGAGAAGCCCCCAGCUGCCACAUUGUCGACCUCGAUAUCGUGGUGCCCAUGGCCGAAAUCGUGCCUUAUUUAUUGCGUCCUCGGUUCGCCAAUGGACGACGCGCAGACCAGAUGCAUGUGUUGGCCUGACAAAUUAUAUCGUGGUUGGUGUAUUUAUUAGCAUAAAGUAACACGAUCGUGGAUGUGUA